ACUUCCAGCCCCUGUUAUGAGUUAAAUAAACACUAACGUAAUGCUUUAUUAAAUGAGUCGUACAGCUGAUAGAUUAGAUGGGCUGUUUUUCCGAAGGGGCGUGUUCUUACGAUCUCGACUGAACGCUCCGCUCAGCUCUGCCUCUGUAUCUGGCGAGCUACUAACUAUCUACCCAGGCAGCGACGGUUGUAGUACUCGAAGCUGAAAAUAGCCAGCUAGCUUUACUGCUCCCGUCUAAUCGAAGUCACAGUCGAUAAGAAGUUAAAAUGCCGAAAAUGAAUCCAAAUUCAUGAAUGCGCCGAAGACAUUUGCAGGAGAAAACUAUGGAAGACUGAGAGACGGGAGACAUUUUAUCGGCGAAUUUUUACCGGCUUUUCGGCCAAGCCACCAGCUUAAACAGCCUUCGCAAAAAGCUGCUGCUUCUCCACGGAAGUUGUGGUCGGAAAAUACGGUCGAGGUACAAAGGGGCAGCGUGGUGUGAGUCCCCAUGAGAAAACCACGACGGAGGGGAGGCCUGCCCGGGGCCCAAAGUGAUGCCGCGGAUACGGGUACAGCAGGUAGGGGGGCAUCACAGCCACGCUCACUCUCUCCCUACCGGCUGAAGGUUUCACCCACCAGAGAAACCCUAACGUACGCCCAGGCUCAGAAGAUUGUGGAAGUGGACCUGGAUGGAAGAUUGCAUCGGAUCAGCAUCUUUGACCCCUUGUUGGUGAUCACUGAGGAUGAGAUGACAGCUCAGGACAUCGCCGAGUGCAACAGCAACAAGGAGAACAGUGAGCAGUCAUCGGUGACCGCCGUCGUCAGCUCGCCGCGCCGAUCGACGGCCCACAGGGGGAAAAAGAAAGAUGUGAAGCAGUUGUCGUCAUCGUCAUCACAAAACCACUGUUCCAACUCUCACGGACAAACUCCGAUGCAUUCUAAUGUGAACAGCCACCACGGCACCUUACCCAAGCCUACUUUCAGAGAACAAGAGUCUUAUGAACCGGUUGAGGCAUCUCCUCGCCCUUCGGCAUACUACCGUUACAUUGAGAAGUCCGGUGAAGAGAUGGAAACGGAUGCGGAGUAUGACAUGGACGAGGAGGACUUGGCCUGGCUGGAGCUGGUGAACGAAAGACGAGCGUCGGAAGGCCAUCCGCAAGUGUGUCCCGACACUUUCGAACUCCUGAUAGAUCGUCUAGAAAAAGAGUCGUUCUUAGAGUCACGAAGCCAUGCGCCCUCACAGAGCAUCAUCGAUGAAGACGCCUUCUGCUGCGUCUGCCUCGACGACGAAUGUCUCAACAGUAACGUUAUCCUGUUUUGUGACAUCUGCAACCUGGCUGUGCACCAGGAGUGUUACGGCGUUCCCUACAUCCCUGAGGGCCAGUGGCUCUGCCGCUGUUGCCUGCAGUCACCCUCUCGCCCUGUGGACUGCGUGCUUUGCCCGAAUCGGGGCGGAGCGUUUAAACAGACCAGCGACGGGCGAUGGGCACAUGUGGUCUGCGCUAUUUGGAUCCCAGAGGUGUGUUUCGCCAACACGGUUUUCCUUGAGCCCAUUGAGGGCGUGGACAACAUUCCACCAGCUAGGUGGAAGCUAACAUGCUACCUGUGCAAGCAGAAAGGUUGCGGGGCGUCCAUUCAGUGCCACAAGGCCAACUGCUACACGGCCUUCCAUGUAACCUGUGCGCAGAGAGCUGGACUCUUUAUGAAAAUAGAGCCGGUCAGAGAGACUACUGUGAAUGGGACUACGUUUUCGGUGAAAAAGACUGCGUUUUGUGAGGUGCACUCACCGCCUGCGAAGGACGGGUCGGAUGAUGAGACCGGGGGGAGGGUUUUGGGGUGUCGUGCUAAUAGGGGUCGCAGUGCCUACACACAGACGCCACAGCUAAAAAAGCAGAGACGAAGCAAUAAACUGGAUUCUAAGCAAAAGAAAGGAAAGAAAGAAGAGGUGUCGAAAAAAGUCGCAACACCAUUGGUCACUGUUCCAGAAAUACCUACUCACAGAUUGAACAAAAUGUCUAAAGAUGUGAUCAUACAGAAGAAGAAUCAGUUCAUGCAGAGACUUCACAACUAUUGGUUACUUAAGCGUCAGUCACGCAAUGGAGUGCCUCUCAUUCGUCGUUUACAUUCACAUCUGCAGGGCCAUAGGAGUGCAGAACAGGCGGAGCCAGAUGAAAAGCUGAAUGCUGUGAGAGAAGAGCUGAAAUACUGGCAGAAGCUUCGUCACGAUCUGGAGCGAGCGCGACUCCUGAUCGAGCUCAUCCGCAAGAGAGAGAAACUAAAGCGAGAGCAGGUGAAGAUUCACCAGGCUGUGACUGAGCAUCAGUUAACUCCUGUCCUGGUACUGCUGCGGUCCACUUUAGAACAGCUUCAGGAGAAAGAUACUGCAAAAAUAUUUGCUCAGCCUGUCAACUUGAAAGAGGUCCCAGAUUAUCUGGAGUUUAUCACACACCCCAUGGACUUCUCCACCAUAAAAUCCAAAUUGGAGGCUCCCAAAUAUCGCUCCAUCACUGACCUUGAGGCUGAUUUCAACCUCAUGAUCUCCAACUGCCUGCUUUAUAAUGCUAAAGACACUGUGUUUUACCAAGCUGCAAUACGCCUGAGGGACCUAGGAGGCGCUAUCCUGAGGCACUCUCAGAGACAAGCCCAAAACACAGGCUUCGACCUGGACACGGGCAUGCACCUGGCAGAAUCGCCACAUAAAAAUGACUACUACCGCUGCACUUUGGAAGAUGUCGACACGCUGCUAGACCCUGAUAAUCGAUUGCACAUGACCACAGAAAACCAGUUGAGGGAGCUGCUAGACAAAUUAGAUGUGGUGACAUCCAUGCGCUCGAGCGGUGCACGCACACGCCGCAUACGCCUGCUCCGGCGAGAAAUCAACAACAUCCGCUAUAAACAGCAUGCGCGCAACUCACACAUGCUCAAUGGAGACCUCAAAGAAGAAGAAGAGGAGGAGGAUGAAGACAAAGAGAUGGAUGGUGAACAUAACCUGUCAUCAUCAUCGUCAGAUAAAGAUGACUGUAAGUCAACUCCCCCACCCAUGCUGGAACCCACAGGCCUGGCUUUGUCCCCUCCACCAGCAGACACCCACCAGGAACCACCGACCCUCCGACCCAUGACGUCCGACCCCAGGACGUCCCCAUGCACACCUAAGCGCCUCAAAUUUAACAGCGAAAGCCAAGAGGCCGAUUCAGACACUGCACCUGUGAACAGCUGCACGAAACCUGAGGACCGCCUGCCCGAGAACAAACUGAUCAACGGCCUCUCCUCCACAGAGUCACCGACCCGGCCUGCCACAGGAGGGGUUGGGCGGCGAACGUCCGUCCUCUUUAAAAAAGCAAAAAAUGGAGCAAAGCUCCAGCGUGAGCGAGACAAUCAGAUGCAGAACAGAAGCAGGGAGGAGGCCGUCAGCACUGACCCAGCCCAUGCACGCACCCCUGACUGCACCGCCAACGUCAAGACUGAAACUUCAGCCCAGCCAAAACCUUCAAUACCUCCGCCCAUAUCAACCCCGGCCAAACAGAGAGCAAGAAGCCGCAGCUGUAGUCCAGAGCACGAGAGAACGCCCCCUCGACUGAUUCUAGAGCCUGGUAAGGAAAACAACUGCUUUACAUGA